CAGCGAAACAAAGCGGUAGAGUUUUCGGAACCCACGCAUCCAGAUCGUUGUGAACUAUUGAACGGUUUCGUUUUAGAUCGGAAAACUUUCAAUUUCAACGGUACAGCAAAGCUCUCGAACGACGAACGAGGUGCAACAUAAAACCAACAACAUUUGCAAAGGAAAGUGUGCUGCGCUUUUUGUGGCAGUGUCUCAGUUGUUCGUGUUCGUCUAGCGGAAGAGACUGUUGGAAGGAAGCUUUACAAGUUCAAACAAAAUCAAAUAAAAAAUUGCUCAAAUUAUCAACGAAUUUCUUUAGUUUAUUUGGUAAAAUUGUGAAAAGCCUCUAGAAGGAGUUUAAAGAUUAUGACCAGCCAAAAUAUUAUGUCAAACACCAGCCCCCUGGCCAAGCGUAUUUUCGAUAUUAUCCAAGACGUCUUUGAUUUGUUCGUUAUUUUUGUUCAGAUCGCUUUGGAAAUAUUUAAGACGACAGUUGAUAAAUUUCUCCCUAGGGAGCUGAAAGAUGUUAGCGGUGAAAUUGUAUUGAUUACUGGAGCUGGACAUGGUAUUGGCCGUGAGUUGGUUAUGCAGUAUGUAGCCAACCACAGUACAGUGAUAUGUGUCGACAUCAAUGAGAAAAACACCGAGGAAACUCUACAAAAGGCCAAAGCCUUGAAAAAGGGGAGUGUACACAGUUACAUCUGUGAUGUAAGCAAUCGUAAAGCAGUUCUUGAAAUGGCCGCCCAAGUCAAACGUGACAUUGGUCCCGUUUCGAUAUUGGUGAAUAAUGCUGGUAUAAUGCCCACACAGCCCUUGGACAAGCAAACAGAGGAGGACAUUCGCCGCACUUUCGAAGUCAAUGUGUUUGCCCAUUUUUGGACUUUGGAAGCCUUCCUGCCGCACAUGAAAGAACAAAAUCGUGGUCACAUAGUUGCCGUAUCAUCCAUGACUGGCUUAGUGGGUAUGUCAAAUUUGGUGCCAUAUUCCGGAACUAAGUAUGCAGUGCGAGGCAUAAUGGAAGCUUUGCAAAUUGAAUUGCAUGAAGGCCCUUAUAAAAACUUGAUUAAAUUCACCACCAUCUAUCCUUAUGCUGUUGAUACUGGUUUGUGUGAAAGCAUUCAAUCAAGAUUUCCCUCCUUCUUGGCAAUGUUGGAUCCCAAAUAUGUUGCUCGGAAAAUUAUAAAAGCCCAGCGUUUGGAAUUGGCGAAUCUUUCAUUACCACCUUACAUGCAACAUUUGAACAAUUGGGCGCGCUUACUGCCAUUCCGGUGUAGCAUUCUAUUGUUCGAUUAUAUGAAUUGUGCUGUGGGUUGUAAAUAGACAUGUGUUACCCCUCUCUUAGUUUAAGUGCUUACUGCAAGUUUUAGAAAUAAUGUUUUUACCAUAAACAAAUGAAAUAAAAUAGAAUUAAACAUA